AUGUCCCUUCCAAGUCGCAAUUCCCCAGAAAUCAAAGCUCUAAUCGAAAAGCAGAAGGCAAUAGAGCGGAACACAAUCCAAGUAAGAGUAGGCAAGCAUAAAAACUUAUAUACACUCGAAAAAGAUGUUUUGUAUCGACACGCUCCGUUACUUAAAGGGGCUUGCGAACAUUAUUCGCGCGGAAUUGAUUACAGCGCUAUCAACUUUCCACAGGCAAAUGAUGUGGUUUUCAAGUUGUUUGAGGCUUGGCUUUAUAAACUGGAUUUAGGCGAUGCAGAUGAGGAGAUUGCGCAAUGGAAAGCUAAAAAGGCGAAAACUAGCGAGAAGGAGCAAAAAAUCGAUGAAGGACCGCUCAUCGAUUUGGACACUUCUAAGGGAAAGACAAACGCGAAGAAAAUUAGCGACUCCAAGGAAAAUGAGAAUCUGGGGACGACCAUCAGUGAUCUGAUUGCCACCAGCAAUGUAGCACUAACAAACUUCUGUUAUCCCCACAUGGCCAAUCUUCUCGAUCUCUAUCUCUUUGCCGACAUGGCAAAACUACCACUUCUAAAGAAUCAGUGCAUCACAAAGUACUAUCGUUUCACCAAAGCCACGGGGUACAUUAUGACACCAUGGCUUUCCUACAUGUGGAAAUAUACCACCAAGGGAAUGCUAAUACGUAAAUUCCUUCUCGACUUACUGACAUGGGAAAUGCCUCCUUUGUUAUUCGAAACGAAUUCGAAGGAUUUUCCUGAAGAGUUGAGAAUUGAGCUUCUGAUUAAUAUGGGAUAUGUCAUUCAGGUGGCGAGGUAUGGUACAUCGGCUAUAGAAAAGAGUAACCCAUUGAAUGAUCUUAGUAACUACUAUGAGAAGGUUGAGAAAUUAGAUGCUUGA